AUGCCUGAACCAGCAAAGCCUGCCGCCCCUAAGAAGGGUUCAAAGAAGGUUGUGAAGAAACCAGCUCAGAAGGCUGGAAAGAAGCGCCACAGGAGCUGUAAAGAGAGCUAUUCCAUUUACGUGUAUAAGGUUCUGAAGCAGGUUCACCCUGAUACCGGGAUAUCUUAUAAACACAUGAAUAUCAUGAAUUCUUUUGUGAAUGAUAUUUUUGAGUGGAUUGCAGGAGAAGCUUCUCAUCUGUCUCACUACAACAAGCGCUCGACAAUCAGUUCUCAGGAGAUUCAGACAGUGGUGCAGCUUUUUUUGCCUGGUGAGCUGGCUAAAUAUGCUGUGUCAGAGGGCACUAAAGUCGUCACCAAGUAUACAAGUGCCAAGUAA